AAGUAAAAAUGACGUAUUGGGAAAUGCAGAGUUUCUUUGAUAAAUCAACUUUUGUUCGUGUUGACGAGCCUAAUGUGAAUGGGAAAUACUACGCGAAUAGACUGGCAAACAUUUUGAGGCAAAGAUUUCAGGGAAACAUUCAAGCCGUUCAAAAGAUUAAAGAAACUGUUGAAAAAUCCUACGAAUACAACAAUGUCACAUCAUCACCCACAGUGUUGUACAGUUGAGGGAACUACAACUGACCACAGGUUCAAGACAAAGAUAAUUAAUGGUCAGUUUGCGAAAUCCGUGCAAAAUAUACUUAUAAAGGUGCAAAACAUUUUUCAAAAAGCUUGGAAAGAACCAUGAAAAAUAAUUUGGAAAAUAAUCCUGACUUACGAUGGCAAUAUUUUGGAUCACAAGAAGGAAUUUUAUCGAUUUAUCCUUCAAGUAACUUUUCAUCUUGUGAUAGCUACGACAACCGUCUUCGUCCUUGGUACAUUAAAGGUAUUGCUCCCAAAGCAAAAGAUAUCGUUAUUGUUGUGGAUAAAAGUGAAUCCAUGGCAAUGGUCAGCGGAGGAAAAACAUUGAUAAGUAUUGCUCAGUCUGCUGUGGAUACUGUACUAGAUGCAUUAAAUCCUCAAGAUCGAGUUGGUUUAGUAACAUUCAAUAGUAAAGUAGAAACUCCACCGGGCGAAAAAAGCUCUAGUACAUGUUAUAAAAACGAGCUUGCAACUGCUGUUGGAGUUAAUUUGAAAUACCUGAAAAAGUAUAUGAGAAAUAUAAAAACAGAAGGUCCCAGCGUUUAUGGAAAUGCUAUUCGUAAAGCGUUUUCUUUAUUGAAAACAAAUUCCACUGGAAGUGGAAACGAGAACGCAAGAAAGAAAGUGAUUUUAUUUUCACCGACGGACAACCAACGGAUAUUAAUGAAAAUUUACGGCCUUACUCACGGAAGAGAAAAAUAUCUUAAGAAUGUAACCUCAAAGGAUGUUGUCAUCUUUGCUUAUGGAAUAGGAUCAGGAAAUUUUAGUCUUUUGAAGAAAAUUGCCGAAGGCACAGAAGCUGAAGGAACAAAGGGAAGAUUUACAGAAAUAACUCAAGAAAAUUUAGAUGAGUUACGAUUGGUCUUUGCAUCUUUUUACAAUUUCUUUGCAAGAACGACAAAAUACGCUUCUUAUUACAUAACAAGCCCUCACUUUGAUGCUUCAGGUUUAGGUGAGAUGGUGACCAUACUCGCCCCAUGUUUUACAAAGAAAGUAAUUGGAGUUGUGGGCACAGAUGUCGUGUUUGAAGAUUUAAUUUCUGACGUACAGUUAUUUUAUAUCGGACAGUAUUCUUAUGCCAAUAAAAUAAAUAUAUCACAUGCAGUUCUCGCAAGCAUAAACUACAAAUGCAUGCGAGACAGAGUUGAGAAAGAAGGAAGUAGAAACUUUAUCAGUAGAAGAUAUUCAAAGAUUGGUAGUGGAGGUGUAAAGCUUUUGAUAAAUUCAACAUAUCAUUGGCAGGCAAUUCAAGGAACGUCUUUGAGCUUCUGUGUAGUUCUUGCCAACAAUGAAAUACAGAGUAGGCUAGACGCUCUUUCAACUGUUUCCAAAAAAAAUUCGUUUGUCUAUCAUCUUGAAGUCAACUCACCCAAAGGAAACAAUGACUUUAAAAUAUGUUCUCUAUAUGGUAUUAAAGGCACAACAGAAAGAGGAACUAUGAAGUUUUCUCCAAAAUGCUUUGCUAGGCCCCAUGAUUAUAUAUCUCUUAAAGAAACAGAUAAAACAAUUAAAGGAUUUAAGAAUUACAUUAUAAAUGGUCGACCUAAUAUUGAACCAAAAUUUGUGAAUGGAGUUCGAAGAAUGGCUCUUGCUGCAUUAGAAACUGAGAGCAUUUGGGACAGGAAUAAAUCAAGAUUCAAACGUUACACAUCGUUUCUAACGUUUGCUUCAACCAAUGGGGUGAUAUAUACUAAACCAGGUGUUGCUAUUAAUAAGCGCUAUAAUCCUACAACACUUUCGUGGUUUCAAAAUGCUCUAAAUAGCAAAGGAAAGCUGACAAUAACCACUCCGUAUCUUGACUCUUUCGGUGCUGGUCUUAUUGUGGGUGUUUCUCAUACUCUUUAUGAAGGGAAGUCUAACCAACAACAUGACGUCAGUGAUAACGUAAUCGCUGUGUUAGACGCCAGUUUUGAUAUGUUUAAAUUUUACAGACUUCUUGUAGAAACAUAUCCUGAAUGCGAGAAAAGAUACAGAUGCUUCCUGAUGGAUGAAAGCGGGUUUUUAUUAAUCCACAAUGACUUUAUCAAAUUGGAGUCAGUGUUGGAUUUGAAAAAAUUGGCGCAAAACGUUGGCAGUACUCAUAUCACACAGGCAGAGCAAUCAGUUGCUGCAGAUAUGAUUAAGAGAAAACUUAUGUAUCGAAAGAAAUGUAAAAACUUCAAAGACAUAACCAAUAAAAAUUUCUAUGUAGUAAACAUAACCACUGAUGCUUAUGUUGAUACAGAACAAUGUCCAAAAUAUCAAAUUGGUCGGGUGAAUGGUACAGCAGUUUAUCUCGGCAUCAUCUAUACUUGUCGUCAAACCAGUGGUGCGUGUUAUUGUCCAGAUGGUAUCUACAACAGAAAAGUGAAUGAAAAAUGUUUAUGUCCAUUCAAAUCAUCCCUACGUUACAAUUAUUGCGAAAACUAUUUUCCAAAAAGCAGAGAUCCUUUGUGUCCGGUUUCUCCUCCCUUACUUUCCAAUCUUGGGAAUUCUCUCGAUCCUCCUAAAGAUUUGCAUAACUGUUAUAAUGAAAGUUGUGUGCGAAGGACUGCUGAGGAAUCCUGUUAUGGCUUAAGAUCAUGUACUUGGUGUGUUUAUAACAACGAAACGUCGACAUCUUUGAAAACUCCAUAUUGCACAAAUUCUGAGAAAUGUUAUGGUGGCGUCCAAGGAAACAAAAGAUCUAUUCUCUACUCAAGAAAUGAAGCAUUUACUUCACCAAUGUCAACCAAAAGCACAAGAACAACAAGAACUAUUCAGACCACACAAUAUAGACAUAAUUCAACAGAAAUCAACACAACUAAAACAACAACUACACAAACCAUGCCUUAUGAAUACAAUUCAACAGUUACCUCAGGUUCCUGUUUGAACGAGACUAUCGGUACAGAGGAAGCAUACGGAAUAUUUAGAUGGCCAAACGGUCUUGUUAGAAACACGAGUUAUAAGAUUUCUUGUCCUUAUAAUUCCAAAUCAUACGCAACCCGUAAAUGUCGGCAGACUAAUGAAACCAGAACAGGAGGUGCUUGGGGUCCUAUUGACGUUGGAAGAUGUGAAUUCAAGAGUCGCAGAAGUAAAAAUUUAUUUAUUUUAACACAGACUGAUGUGAAUUCAAGUAAUAUUGUGGAGGUAAGUCGAAAAUUAUCAAAACUGGUGAAACAAGGACGAACAUUGACAGCAGGUGACAUUGGUUUGAUAGCAACUGUUUUGGAAAAAAUUGUUGUGGUCAGGAAGAAAUUUAAUGAGAUUUUCGAAGAUAUUUUUACGACAAUUGAUAACAUCCUUGAUGCAAGCUCAGAAAACAUUUUUGAAAGUCAACAAAAAACCAACUCGUCGUCAAGGUACUUGUUUUAUAACAUUACAGCUAAGCUAUAUUACUUUUUUUGGUUUCAGCCAUUUAACAAAUUUUAUUCAGUGAAAAACUUUAUACUUUAUGAUUUUUGCAGAAUACUUGAUGUUUUGAACAAUUUAGCUGAAAGCAUACAAUUCGAAGAAACAAUUUAA